GAAGAUCGCUGCGUUUUGAAUUCCUCCUGUACAGAAACCAAACCUGUCUGACAGAAAAAAAACCUUAACCGGCAGGACAGGUAAAUCGCUGGAGGUGGUUGGGGUGUAACUAAUUACAGGUGACGCUAGGUAGCACAAGCGUCGCGCGAUUUUUACCUAGCUGUGUCGUUGCAGCCUAUUGGCCUCUCUCUCGAUAGAGAAACCUAUAUUACCAGUGUAUUCUAUUACUACGUCGACAUACGUUGUCUGGAGCGAGUGAAAAAAAAAACACAGAAAGAAAAAGAGUUAGUGUUGUGUUACCUUGCCGGAAUUACAAGUUCGGGAUUUGAAAUCUGAAGUUACAAUCGUGUGUGGAGAGCUGUUUGUGACGGGACAAAACGAGGAAAAAAGCUUCAUUUUUUAACAGUUUCUGUGACAGGUGAAUCAAGAUGGUUGCCGGGUGCGGAGCGAACUGUAUCAAAUACAUCCUCUUCGUCUUCAAUGUCCUCUUCUUCCUGAUUGGCGCUGCGGCCGUUGGCAUAGGAAUAUGGGUUCUGGUGGACAAGAAUUACAUGUCGACGCUGUCGAAGGUGACGUCAGACCCGGCGGUUCAGGACUACAACAUCCCCGGCCUGCUGCAAAGCGGGGCCAUCAUCCUGAUAGCGGGCGGGGCCGUUCUCAUCGUCAUGGGAUUCCUCGGCUGCUGCGGCGCCGUCAAGGAGAUCAAGUGCAUGCUCUGUUUGUAUGCUACGCUGCUGCUGCUAAUCCUCGUCGCGGAGAUUGCCGCCGGUAUACUGGUAGCCGUCAUGAAGAACAAGUUCGAAACUGAAUUGCAAUUGAACCUGGUGAAGAACUUGGAAAAGAACUAUGAUGGAAAUCUGAAAAGUGGAAAUACAUUUAGUCGAGCAAUCGACUGGGCGCAAGUCUAUUUCGAGUGCUGCGGUAUCAACAACUAUAAAGACUUCGAGAACGCUACAGGGUGGACCAACAAAACAACGGUUCCUGCCACGUGCUGUGUUCUCACAGACAGGGAUAAAUUCCUGAACGGCGACAACACGGCAACACCUAAAGACUCGACUUGUCCAGGCACGCCUACAGGUGUAAAUUCCUAUAUACAGACGUCAUGCUAUCCGAAAAUCAGAAGCUGGCUCGUUGACAAGUCUGUCACUGUCAUUGGAAUUGCCUUCGCCAUUGCCGCUCUGGAGAUCUUUGGAAUCAUCUUCGCUUGCUGUCUUAUGAGAACCAUCGGUCAACAGAAGGGCUGAGAUCCAUGGUGUGCAUAUAUCUCUACAAGAUGGGGUGGGGUGGGGUGGGGUGGGGACUCAAGGAAGUGGGGGGGGGGGCGGCGGCGACCUCCACAAUAUUUAGGACAAUUUUACAUAAUGGCUAAUGACUAAUGGCUCGAUCUAUAGUUUAUAGAUACAAAUUUUGACCAUUGCAAAUAUAUAUAUAUAUAUAUAUAUAUAUAUAUAUAUAUAUAUAUAUAUAUAUAUAUA